AUGUGUUUAUUAUUAAGUGUGUUAAUUGAGUUUAAUAAAUGUGAGAUUAAUAAAAUAUGUUUUAAGAUAGCAGAAUAUCGUUUCAUUACCGAUUAUGGCAACCAACCAUCAAUUCUUAAUGGAAAUGAUUCAUGCUCGUUCCUCUUUGAUGGGACUAUAAACAAAACAGGAAAUGUAUGGAGCCCUAACUAUCCCGGCUUUUAUCCACGAAAUGUGGAUUGCCAAUAUGUCUUUCUUGGAGCAAAAGAUCAAGUUGUAUUUGUUACUUUUGAAUAUUUUGAUGUUGAAGGACGUGGACAGUGUGAUGAUAAGGCAAAAAGUGAUUUUGUAUUAUUCAGUAAUUACAGAACACAACAAAUCGCCGAUUUUGUGGAGCACUCAGACCUAAAGACACAAUAAAGAGUGAAAGUAACUAUUUUAGAAUGAUUUUCCAUUCAAACGAUAUUUUUGAUGGAACUGGCUUUUUCGCUCGUUAUCAAUUCUUUGAU